AAUGAUGUCAAACUUCAAUAUGGCGGCGAUGUUGUCAAUCUGCGAGUACGCCAGUAGCGACGACGAGAAUGCGACGGAAAAAGGAGAACCCAAGGAGGAUUAUUUAACGCUACCGAAUACCACGCAGUCUGUUGUUGCGAUUCGGAACAAGUACCAAUUAAAUGCAGCUCCAGAUGUUGCCAUCAAGGAGUCGGUUUGCGGAGUCAAACCAAUCGACCCCACCAGCAAAGAACUACUGUUCAACCCGAAGUAUGAAAACCUGUUCGCUCCUGUCGUUGGGCCGGAAAACCCUUUCAAGAGUCAGCAGCAAAAAGCUGUUAAGAACACCUUGGCUGGAUACGUCGAGCCGGCACAUGUAAAUGACUUCCACUUUGAGUCGCAAAGGCUAACGUUUAACAGCUAUGGCUAUGCACUCGACCCCACGGCAGACGGAUCCAUGGAUGAGGGCCACAAGAUGGUCAGUUCCACGGACGGUGCUUCUUCAAGCAGUGCCCUGACCGUGUUUGAAAAGACAAAACCUCGACCGGGCGACAAAAGGAAGAAAGCGAAGAACAAUGACCCCUCAGACAUUGAUGGUUUUGCCGGACCUUGGGCCCCAUACAGGGACGAGAGACGGAACGUUAAGCCGAGUGAGGAGGAGCAGGAAGAACUGGAUGAAAUUAUGGCAAAAAGGAACAAAAAGGGUCGACGUACCGAGGAUAAGCCGAUGGAAGAGAAGACAGUGUUGCACAUCAAGGACCCAUACGACUACCAGGGCCGGUCGUUCCUGCACGUUCCACAGGAUGUGGGCGUGAACCUUCGCUCGAGCGAGCCACCCGACAAGUGUUUCCUGCCCAAACGUCUCAUCCACACAUGGUCAGGCCACUCAAAGGGCCUGUCGGCAAUCCGCUGGUUCCCUCGGUCUGCCCACCUGCUGCUCUCUUGCAGCAUGGACUGCAAAGUCAAGUUGUGGGAGGUGUACAACGAGCGGCGCUGUAUCCGGACUUACAACGGCCACCGGCAGGCGGUUAGGGACAUUGCCUUUGACAACAAGGGCGAGCGCUUCCUCUCGGCUGGCUACGACCGCUAUGUCAAGCUUUGGGACACGGAGACGGGCAACUGCAUAGCAAGGUUCACCAAUCGCAAGGUGGCUUACUGUGUCAAGUUCAACCCUGACCACGACAAGCAGAACCUGUUCGUGGCCGGUACCUCAGAUAAGAAGAUAGUCUGUUGGGACAUCAGAACUAAAGAGAUUGUCCAGGAAUACGACAGGCAUCUUGGCGCUGUAAAUACCAUCACAUUCGUUGAUGACAACCGCCGCUUCGUCUCCACAUCUGAUGACAAGAGCAUGCGUGUCUGGGAAUGGGACAUCCCUGUCGACAUGAAAUACAUUGCGGACCCUUCUAUGCACUCCAUGCCUGCGGUCACACUGUCACCUAACGGUAAAUGGUUGGCAUGCCAAUCAAUGGACAACAAGAUUAUGAUCUUCUCAGCCCUUAAUCGUUUCAAGUUGAACCGGAAAAAGACGUUUGAGGGACACAUGGUUGCCGGCUACGCUUGUGGUUUGGACUUCUCACCAGACAUGAGCUACUUAAUAUCUGGUGAUGCUGACGGGAAGCUGUACGUUUGGGACUGGAAGACAACAAAAUUGUAUACCAAGUUCAAGGCCCACGAUGCAGUUUGUAUCAGCACAAUCUGGCAUCCACACGAAACGUCAAAGGUGGCCACUGCUGGCUGGGACGGCACCAUCAAGUUCUGGGACUAAGCACAACACAAAGCAUUGCUGUAAAUAAAAUCACUGUAUCAUAUUAAAAAA